AUGUCUCUUUGUUCUUCUGUGCCAUUAGCUUGGUAUAUAUCAGAGGAUCCAAUGGUUGCACCUUCACAACCCUCCGAUAUAUCAGACGGCGGUAGUAGAUCCUUUUGCAAGCAACUUCCUGCCUCAGGCUUAGCUCAUACCGCAGUCACCAUCCUCCUGUACUUCUGUCAUAGCGGACAUCUGCUUGACUCUGCUUUGAAGUUUCUUUAUGCUGAUUUUCUUCUAGAAUCCUGCAACGAUGAGUUCAAUAAAUCAAAAAGAGUGGAUCCAGUAAAUAUUUACACUACAUCUGCCAAACUUAGCAAGUUCAAUCAAUCAAUAAGUUCGAGGAUGUUACAUCUCUUUACUCUGAUUGUAGCUCUGCUAAAUGUGGAGGAGAUCUUGUGUUCUUGUAUUCUUGAGUUUGAUGGUGCAGCAAAAGGAAACCUUGGACCAACGGGCGCUGGAGCUGUGCUGCAUGCAAUAGAUGGAAGUCUGGUGAAUGGUUUGUGGAAAACGAAAACCCAGAACAUGACAAGCUUAUGCAAAGUAGCAAAGGAGCUGAAAGAUAAGUUUGCAUCUUUCCAGAUCUGUCAUGUUGAAAGGGAGUUCAACACUGAAGCUGAUGCUCAAGCGAACCUGGGAGUACAUCUCCAGGCUAGAGGUUCAGGAGGAGGUUGA